AUGUUGCUGUCAUUUCCUUUGCUGGUGGCCUCUCCUGGUACUGCUGGAGUUGUCCUCACCAUAGGAGUUGCUGGUACCUGCAAAAGAGGAAGAGAAAAGGGGAAGAAGAGAGUGGAUAAGAAGGGAAGAGAGUGGAGAAAGAAGGAGAGGGAGUUCAGGCGGGGAGAGAGAAGGGAGGAGGAGCGACGGCUGCCAGCGGCUGCUGGCUCUGGGCGACUGGUGGCUGCUGUCCGCUGGUGCUGCGCGGGCUGCUGGUGCUUGCAAAAAAAAAAGAAGAAGAGAAAGAGGAAGGGGAAGGGGAAGAGAAGAGACGGGAAAGGGAGAAAGACGGGAAGGGAAGAAAGACGAAGGAGAGAGGGGAAAGGAGAAGAGCAAAAGAGAGGGAGAAGAGGAGAGAAGAAAGGGGGUCUUAGGGGAGAAGAGAGGCGGUGA